CUGCAUUCGUGUCGUACGGCCACACUGGCGGCUAAAAGAAGAGUCAUAGGGAAAAUAUACACAGCAAGAAAGUAAAGUGCGAACUAGUGCGUUUUCUUGGUCAGCGAACAGCCGAAACCCAAAGCAGCACCCAUGUCCGGUUCCGGUCUCGACGAGAAUCCCUUCGGGGAGCCCAAUCUGGAUAAUCCGUUUGCGGAUCCCGCCAUCCAACAGGCACGACGCCUUCAGAGCGGCGCCGCGCUCGUCUCGCUGGAGGACUACAACCCGUUCGAGGAGCAGGCCAAGCCGCAGCUGCAGAUCAACUCGACGAACACGGCGGCGGUGGUGCAGCCGCUGUCGCAGAACAUUCCGCCCCCGCAAACCAGUUCGCUGGGCGCCUCGGCGCCGAGCACCAGCAUACAGAUCACUUCGGAGGAGUUGCAGCGCCGGCAGGAGGAACUGGACCGCAAGGCCGCCGAGUUGGACCGCCGCGAACAGCAGCUGCAGGGCAAUGUGCCGCAGUUAAACAACUGGCCUCCGCUGCCGGACAACUUCUGUGUGAAGCCGUGCUUCUACCAGGACAUCGAGGUGGAGAUACCGCCCGAGUUCCAGAAACUGGUUAAGCGAUUGUACUACAUAUGGAUCUUUUACACCAUGACGUUGUUGGCCAAUGUAGUUGGAGGGCUAAUUCUAUUGUUUCAUGCUGGCGAGUUUGAGACCUUCUUCCUGGCCAUCUUCUACACGAUGCUCUUCUCGCCCGCCUCGUAUGUCUGCUGGUUCCGACCGGCGUACAAGGCAUUCCGCAACGACUCGAGCUUCAAUUUCAUGGUCUUCUUUUUCAUCUACUUCUUUCAAACAUUGUACUCGAUCGCGCAGACUGUUGGUUUCAAUAAGAUGGGCUACUGUGGCUUCAUUACGGCCAUCGGGCAGUUCGAUGGUCAGGCGGCGGGCAUAAUCGUUGGCAUCCUGCUGCUGGGCGUGUCCUUCUGCUUCGCAGCGGUGGCCGUGGCCAAUGUGCUGAUGAUCACCAAGAUUCACUCCAUCUACCGCAGCACAGGGGCCAGCAUGGCCAAGGCCCAGGCGGAGUUCACCACCGAGUUUCUGCGCAACCAGCAUGUCCAGGAGGCGGCUUCCUCGGCCGUCAACACGGCCAUCAAUUCGCAGUUCAACAACAGCAGGUACUAAGGACACUCUGCAUUACCGGGGAUCUGAUCAAAUCAAAAGGAUAAUCAAUCAAUCAACCACGAACUCAAGCACUCAUCCUGCUAAAUUGGGACAGAAAGAGAUGGUGACCGCGCCAACGAGAGGGAGAUGGAGAUGGAAAUGGAGAUGGAGAUGGAAAUGGAACAUUUAAUAAACAUUGAAAUAGCUUGAAAGUAAUGGCAAAGUUAAACAAGAAACUAAAGCAAGCAUUGGAGCAUGGAACUAAUAACUAAUUGCUUUUGUGCAUAAACAAUUCCUAGAAUGCCGUCGUCUUUAUUACAAAUAAUUACUGUAAUGAUAACACACAAAAACACACAAUGCAUUAACAAUAUUUAUAAACAGAGCGAAACUGAACUUAGAACUUAAACGGAAACUAAAACUAAAAAAAAAACAAACGAAGAAGAAAGGAAAAGUGAAAAAUGAAAACUUUAACGGCGCCCGAUGCCUUUGACACACAGCUGCAGCGUAUUGGGAAGACAAGACAUCUUAAUCGUAUGAUAUACAUGCCUUCAAAUACAAUAUCUAGGGUAAAUUAUUAUGUGUGUGCCCUGUCAAAUAAUAGGAAUCUGAAAUAACCCCAGAGGAACCAGACACAAGGGUAAGCUCUGAUAAUGCUGCUGCUGAUGAUGAUGUUUUCUAGUUCUUUAAGUCAUUAAAACGAUAUAGGAAUAUUCCCAACUCCCCCCAACACACGCAACACACACAUACAUAUAUACGAUCUUAUAUAUAUAUAUACAUAUAUAUAUGUAUACAAACAUAAUAUAAAUAAUAUAUUUAACGCUUAAAUUAUAGAACUUUAUCUCUUGUCGCCUUCGUCCGAGAAAACAAGAAAGCGAAAAUCAUUUUUCAUCCAAGCUGUGGUCAUACCCCCUUUCCCAUUUCCCUUUCCCUUCCCCCCCGCACAUAAAAACACGCCCCCUUUUCCUGACCCCCCUUGACCCCGUCUCUGUUCCGCACUCACAUGAAAUGUCGUGUUUUUUUGUAAUCGUAAUUGUUAUAUAUUAUCUAUGUACAUGAAGACAGCAUAUAAAAUAUUGAUUCACAUAAGUAUUCACAUUUUAGAUACGUUUUGUUCGAUUCUGUUUGCUUGCAAAUCAAAGUUAUGUUACGACCUAUUAAAAUUGAAGAACGAUGAUCUAUCAAUGUGUAUUUGAAAUUCAAGCAAAAUUUAUGAUAAAUUCCAAAAUAAUAAUAAAAUACUUAUAGAUGUAAAAUGA